GGCGUGGGCAAAAAUCUAAAACCCUAUUCUAAAUCAGGAGCCCCAGAUAGGUCUGAAAUGGAGAGAGCAUUAGAGGACGCCUCAUUUUGCAAAUGACGAGACCGAGGCCCAGAGAGGGGGAGUAGCUAGCUCAAGGUCACACAGCAAGGGUGGUGAGAUAAGCACCCAAUGAACAUGGAGGAGUGCUGUCAUGGAGAGUGAAAUCCUCCAAAUGAGAAAGCUAACAAGAGGGACAAGGUGACCAUUGUGGAACUUCUUCUGAGAGUCAGGUGCCAUGAUAAACAGGGUCACAUUCCUCCUUACUUAACCUUCCUAGGCCUUUGUUCCUCAUCUGUAAAAUGGAAACAUUACUGUCUGUUUCAUGGGGUUGUUGAGAUGAGUUACAAGGUACCUGGCUUGUCAGAUGCAUCUAGAAGUGUUUUUAAUAUACACUUCAUGUAUAUUACUACAUGGAACCCUCAUUGUGCCCCAUGAGGUGGGCACUGAAACUAUCCCAGCUGUAUAGAUAAAGCAAAGGGUUUAGAGUGGCUGGGUAAUCCACCUGCGGUAGCAGUUCUUAAAGGGUCGGAACCUGGCAGUGACCUUGAGAACCUCUUACACACUGAAGCCCUAUUUUUAUCAACUGUACCUUGCAAGGUUGGUACAAGUUUUGCCAUGGAGUGAAUGAUGCUGAAGUCAGAGAGGUUAAGGUACAUGCCUGAGGCCACACAGCCUGAAAGUGCCACAGUUCUGACUCAUCCAGCUCAGGACUGAGCUCCCCAAGUCCCAGUCCACAUCACGUCUAAUUCCAGGGCUGCCGAGAGAUAAGUGUGUGCUUCUCCAGGAAGGGAGGGUAUGGUCUCCUUUUGUUCACUGACAGAAGCCAAGUGCAUGGUAGGUGCCUAAUAACUCUGUGUUAGAGGGAAGAUGAAAAGAACGAAUAAUGCAGAUACAGUGGCAGGAAAGCAGGCCGGAGAAAACCGGGGACAUCUAGGACUCUGCCCUAAGGCUGAUUCCCCCUGCUUUCUUGCUCUUUUCCUCUUGGGUGCCAGGACGUCGACGGCAAUGCCCAUAGCCUCCAGAGUCAGGGGCCUGCCAGCCAGGCACCAUCACUCCGGCUCCUGCAGCCCUCUGAGUCAGCUCUUGCCUGGCUCCGUGGAGCCACCGUCCAUCAAGGGCCAUUACUACCGCAGGGCCCGGAAGGUGGGCGCGCUGGACGCCUCCCCGGCGGCAGACCUGAAGAAGGAGAUCCUGGUGAACGUUGGGGGCAGGAGGUACGUUCUUCCCUGGAGCACGCUCGACGAGUUUCCCCUGAGCCGCCUGAGCAAGCUCAAGUUCUGCCGGAACCAGGAGGAGAUUGCGCAGCUCUGCGACGAUUACGAUGAGGACAACCAGGAGUUCUUCUUCGACAGGAGCCCCAGUGCUUUCGGAAUGAUCGUGAGCUUCCUGGCGGCCGGCAAGCUGGCCCUCCUGCGGGAGAUGUGUGUGCUGUCCUUCCAGGAGGAGCUGACCUACUGGGGCAUCGAGGAAGCCAACCUGGAGAAGUGCUGCCUGCGGAAGCUGCUGAAGAAGCGGGAGGAGCUGGCGGAGCUGCGCAGGGAGGAGGCCCUGCAGCGGCAGAGGGAGGCCUGCGGCCCCGCCGCGGGCGCCUCGCGCUGGGGGCUCUUCAUGAACUGGCUGCGGGAGAUGGUGGAAAACCCGCAGUCGGGGCUCCCCGGGAAGGUCUUUGCUUGCCUGUCCAUCCUUUUUGUGGCCACCACAGCGGUCAGCCUGUGUGUCAGCACCAUGCCCGACCUGAGGGCCGAGGAGGACAAGGGUGAAUGCUCUCAGAAGUGCUACUACAUUUUCAUCGUGGAGACUGUCUGUGUGGCGUGGUUCUCCCUGGAGUUCUGCCUUCGGUUUGUCCAGGCCCGGAACAAGUGCCAGUUCUUCCAAGGGCCCCUGAACAUCAUCGACAUCCUGGCCAUCUUCCCCUAUUAUGUGUCCCUGGUGGUGUCCGAGGAGCCCCAGGAGGAGAAUGACAGAUCGGGCGGGAGCUCCUACCUGGAGAAGGUGGGGCUGGUGCUGCGCGUGCUGCGGGCCCUGCGCAUCCUUUAUGUGAUGCGCCUGGCCCGCCACUCACUGGGGCUGCAGACGCUGGGCCUCACCGUGCGUCGCUGCACACGUGAGUUCGGCCUGCUUCUCCUUUUCCUUGGUGUGGCCAUCACCCUCUUCUCCCCUCUGGUCUACGUGGCAGAGAAUGAGUCUGGGCGGGUCCUGGAAUUCACCAGCAUCCCGGCCUCCUACUGGUGGGCCAUCAUCUCCAUGACGACGGUGGGCUAUGGAGACAUGGUCCCGCGCAGCGUGCCAGGUCAGGUGGUGGCCCUCAGCAGCAUCCUGAGCGGGAUCCUCAUCAUGGCCUUCCCAGCCACGUCCAUUUUCCACACCUUCUCACACUCCUACUUGGAGCUCAAGAAGGAGCAAGAACAACUCCAGGCCCGCCUCCGCAGCCUGCAAAAAGCCACCACAGCUAGUGAACACGAGCUCCUGAGUGAUGUGGACGACCUGAUCCUGGAGGGACCCGCCUCCCCCAUCAAAUACAGUUGACUCAAAACCCCUCCUGAACCUGCGAGCACUUGAGUCCACUGCCCUCAGCUGACAUGGGCUUGAGAACGGCAGGUGUAGACCAUGCGGUAGUACAUUUCUAGAGCUUGGCGGGCAGCUCCUGAAGCUAAGAGGGGCUCAAGGCCAACAGUGGGGUGGAUGUGAUUCCUGACCCUCCUGGCCAUCACAGUCCAGGCUGCCAUUAGCCGUGUCACUUGUCUUUUCUUGUCUCCCUGCCCGUCCUUGAGCGUAUCCACUUUUGCUGGGUUAGGUCAGUCUCCAUUCUCAUUUCCUUCCCAGCAGAGUGUUCAGCAUCCCAAGCUGGAAUCCAUUCUCCUGCAGAGCUGAGCCUACAGAAUUCCAUUCCUCUCUCCCGGGUCACCCCAGCACCAGGACCUGGAGGGCCCAGUCACUGCAGACCCUUCUGCUCAGAGCUCCCCACCUAGCCCCCAUCGGAGUUCCAGGAGGAAUCAGUACAUUCUCCUGCUCACCACCACCAAUGGUUUUCCUAACACAGCCACCUUCCCCCAGUUCUGGAAGCUCUUGCCAAGAAGGCAGAACUGGUCUCUUUGUGUUAAACUGCACAGUGGCUGUGAGCAUGCCAUUCUUCCUGAGUUGCCUAGGACCUGGGCAGAAAUGCUGCUUGCCAGCCACAGCAAAACCCCCUUAGCCAACUAGAUCCUGGUGGGACAUUCUCCGAUUAUCCAGACUUUGACUUUGACAGAGGCUUACUCUUGCAGGGCUCUGAAUUGUCCCUUGAGAGGAUUGCUCCUGCUGCUAGUUGUUCCAGCACUGCGGGGACCUAGGCUUUCCACCUUCAGUGAAGCCACCACAGACAGACACAGUGUAGCUUCGGCACAGAACCAAGGGAUCUGUCCCUCGCCGGCCCCUGGAUCAAGCCUUUGAUGCCAGAGGAUGGACAUCCUCAGCUUAUAUUUAAAUGUAUUUAUUUAUGUAUCGAUUCAUUCAGUAACACAAUUUGGCCCUUUGCGUCCAGAGCAGGGGGAAGAUAUAGGACCAAGUCAUGUGAAAUAAAAGCAGUGCACGCUGAGGCCAGAGUAGAAAGAACAACGAAUUCUGAGCGUUUGGCUCACAGAGGUUCCUCACAGAGACACGGAAGGGUUGAGGAGGGAGGGAUGUCGGAGGCUGGAAAAGUGCGUAGGGGUGAGAAGUGGUGGGCUGUGGGUGCUGCGCAGAGGAUCUGGGAGAUUUGUGAAUGGAAAGGGGAUGUCAGAGACGCUGGAGAAAGCAGGGACGUGAAUGCACUGCAGGGCUGGAUGGUGAUGAUGGGAUGGGAUGUGGGAAGACGGGUUUGGCACCGAGAACAACUGAGCAGUUCAGGUGAGGCACGAGGGCCCACCUCCUGCCAGUUACUCGUUGUACGUGGUGAAGCCAAGUUCUGGCAUCUUGUCUGUCGUUCCCCAGAAAAGCACACCUGGGAGAGGUCUCAAUGGCAUGGGCCGUGAGUGACUCGGCCACUUCUCACUCCAGCUCUGCCUGUUGCUGGGACUGGCUCCCAGCCCAGCAUCUUUGUUUCCCUUUGUGUCACAAACCAGGCAUCUUAACAAAAUUGUGCAAGGUCUGAAAGAAAAAUAGGUAAGCCUAUCAGCAACAUUACAAGGUUCUAUAGUUUCUUAGUACAUGCCCAGUGGAAAUUCUUUAUGAAAUUAGAAGUAGAAAAUUGGAAUCAAUUACUCACAUGUGGAGUUUAAUUAAAUGGUCUAUUUUUAAUCCCCAGUAAUGUUCUGGGGGACUAGUCUAGCCUCUGAGCAGACUUUCCUUCAUGCUGAUUGGAUGGCAUAGGGGAGACAAGAGAGUUGCUAGGCAGUCUCUUUAUCCCUAUUGGCUGGAAGGAGUCUUGUGAUUCCCAUAGGGUUUAUUUUAUCUGAGGCCAAUGGGUGUGACUGUAGCCAAAGGGAGAAAAUUUCCAGCUAUAAGCAAAGAGCAAAUGGCCUUUACUUCAAGCCAUUUUCAUGUUGUAUUGUAGAUACGUCUCCAAGAGGUAACUUUAAAAUGUUGUUUCAUCAUCAUUCUAGCCAGACAGAGUUGAGCCCCCCAAAAUGACUCAGGGAUGGAUGGUUAAUUCUCCAAUGCAACGCAAAUGGGACUCCACCCACUGCCUCUAUUCUGAUGGCUUUUCGGACUUGAGAAAUUGGGAACUGGAAGGCCCCUCGGACGACAGUCUAAGCAGAGACUUUCUGGGAGAGGGUCAGUGAACCCCUGGAGAUUAUGUAUUUCAAAGUGCACAGCUUCGAAAAAAAGCCCAAUGAUUUCAUCAGAUCCCCAGAGGAAUCCAUGACCCCGCAAAAAGGAUGAGAAGUUCUUGAGUAAGUCAGCUCCUCCACUUUAAGGUGGAGAGACCAAGACUCAGAGAGGGAAAGCCACCUGCCCGAGGCCACGUAGCCAGUUUGUUUAGUUAGAUCCAAGCAUCCAGGUUCCCAGCAGUGCACCCUUCGCAGGACGUAUGCCACGCUGCAGCUCUUAGGCUCGUCUGAAACGGUGCCCGAACCCUCAAAGAAAACACUUCGGGCAAGGUGGUAAGGACACUCUGCCAUGCUACCCUGCCCCGAGUGAAUGGGGUUGUCCGGGAGAUUUCGGGUGCCCACUGUCGCCCUCCUUCACCGCGUAACAGUGGGCCUGGAGCUUGGUUUCACCGCGCCUUCCCCUUCCCAGUGAUCCCAUGGAAACAGGAGAUGGGAUGGUGGUUAAAGUCUCUCUCAGCGUGGACAGCCUGCGAUUCUGGGAAGUGGAGCUCAUUGCAACGAUUUAUUCCGUGGAGGGGCAGGUAAGAAACAAGGAGAGCGGUGAGAGAGAAAAACAGACCAUGGCCCCUGACUCUCCACAGAAUUGUUCUCCUAGCAAAAGUCAGCAAGUAGUUCAAGUUUGAAUAGAAGUUCACUGAGACCCCUGUCCGCCAGCUGCCUGCCGUGUUCCUACCCACCCCCCUGGGUCCUUACCCCACCUGACCCUGUGCCUGCCAGUACCUGGCUAUUCAUGCCCAACUGCCUGCCCCUCUCAGCAGCAUUACACUCCCUGCCUCCCCCUUCCGCGAACUGAAAUGCUAGUAAUGGGCAUCACUUAGUGAAUGACAUUUAGGCGAGUGAUUUGUUAACAUCUCAUUUGGAAAAACAUGCUAAACUAACAUGAAAAAAGUGUUGCAAGAACAAGAAUAGUAUCUAGAACACUCAAAUACACCUCUUUUUAAAACACGUUGCCCCAUUUGUUUUAUUAUUUGCUGUCUCUCUCUAUUUUUUAAAAGAUUUUGUUUAUUUCUUUUUAGAGAGAGGAAGGGAGGGAAAAAGAGGGAGAGAAGCAUCUAUAUGCAAGAUAUACAUCUAUAGGUUGCCCCCGACAUGCCCCUAACUAGGGACCUGGCCCACACCCAGGCAUGUGCCCUGACUGGGAAUGGAACCAGCCACACCCUGGUUUGCAGGCCAGGGCUCGAUCCACUGAGCCACACCAGCCAGGGUUCUAUUUUUUAUUAUAUACACAUAGUAUGUUUUUUUGGGUCAUCUGAGAGGAAGUUGACCCCGCCGUGCCCUCUGCUUUCGGAACUUCAGAACUCGGUAACUGAAGACCUGCCAGGGGAGCGUCACUUCAAGGGUCUGUGACCUCUGGACAUGACACACAACAAAGAAUGUGCAGGUUAUGUUGUUUCAAAGUACAGAGUGUCCAGAGACAUCACCAGGUUCUCAGAAGAACCCACAAUUCUCCCUCAAAACCCAAGGAUAGGAGGCUCUACGGUAAACCAGCCCCUUCGCUGUAAGGCAGAGAGCACCGGAAAACACAAACACUUCCGUGUGCAGACCCUAAGAGUGAGGACCUUCUCCUGGAAAACCGCGGGCAGUUACCUGCAUCAGCACAUUUAACUUGGACGCAAUGUUUUAAUUUAAUCUACCGACUGUUCCAAUUUUGUCAACUGACAUAAUAACCCCCUCUCUAGCCUUUCCCCUCCAGGACAGGGGCCGGCCUAGGACUGGGUGUCGAAUUUGCUUGUCUGAUCGCUUCAGUCUCCUGGGAUCUGAUCCUUUCCCUAGCCUUUCCUUGACAUAGACACCAUUGGAAUUUGGCAUAACUCCCACCCCUUUUCAGUAGCAGUCUCACUUGGUGUGUGUCCGUAUCUCCUAGUGCAAAGAUGGAGGCCUUGCAUUCCCAGACAGAUGCUGUGCUUGUGAGGUCGCGUCCCUCUCCAGACAUCAUAUCUGGGAACACCAUGCUCUCUCCAGUGACAUAGGGACCCUUUUUUUAGGAGGGGACCCCAGGAAACACUGGUGGGGGAAUGGACAGUGAGAAAGGGAAGGAAACUUGGGAAGUGCUGGCUGAGCCCAAAGGUAUUCAAAGGAGAAACAAAAUUAACUUCUGCUCCUGCCCCGGCUGGUGUAGCUCAGUGGAUUGAGCGUGGGCCUGCAAACCAGAGUAUUGCGGUUCAAUUCCCAGUCAGGGCACAUGCCUGGGUUGCAGGCCAGUUCCCAGCAGGGGACACAUGAGAGGCAACCACACAUUGAUAUUUCUCUCCCUCUCUCCUUCCCUUCCCCUCUAAAGAUAAAUAAAUAAAUAAAUCUUAAAAAAAACAAAAACAAAACACAAUUAACUUCUGCUCCCAGGCAGCCCAGAUAGAACAUGACGGAAGGCUGAGGGUGUCGCCUCGGGCCACCUCUGUGAGGACAGAGUGUCUGCCUCUGAAGACACUGGUCUCUGAGACUCAGAGCAGCUGAUCCCUUUCCACCCGACACCAGGGGGACCUCUGUUGCCGUUCCCCUGCCCUGCCAGCUUCGAAAGCCCUGCCUCAUAGCUUCUUAGAGCUAAAAGUAACUUUAGGGUCACCAGACCCAACCUGCCCAUUUUACAGUCGUGGACACAGAGGCCCCGGGAGGGGACUUAAUGUGACGAGUCACACAGCCGGGGGUGACAGAGCUGGGACUGCCAAUCCAGUGCCCUCAGCCCUGCCCCUCGCCCGGCACCUGCCUCCCCCACCAUUUCGCAUCUAACCAAGGGACAGCUCCAGGAACACAGUGCCAGUUAAGAAGAGAAUGAAAGUCAGGGACGCCACUGGCCGUCUCCGAGGGCCCAGUGGAACCCCCGCUGCUCGGAGCCCAGCCCCACCUCUGUGCAGCCUGCUGUGGAUGACACAUGGAGGAGGAGAACGCGUGACUGUCCUAACUCACCUUUGCUGUGAGGGGGAGGGAGACGAGGAAAAGGGAACAAACAUGGGUGCCCUGAGCUAAAAUUAGCCAGCCUUGCUGUUCCAUAGGCUUCCACUGUGCUCAGCCAAUGACUCAGCAGUAUCACCAGGCAACCCGACCCCAACUCUGAGAGAAACA